GCGCAGUCCCUGGGCCCCCGUUGCUGAUUGGCCCGUGGCGCAGGCAGCAGCCGGGCAGGCACGCUCCUGGUUCGGGCAGAGCAGAUAAAGCGUGCCAGGGGACACACGACUAGCAGCUCAGAAAUCCCUCUGGGUCUCACCACUGCACAGAGGCCGAGGACCCCCUCCGAGCUUCUUUGCUGCUUCCAGACGCAAUUUGCUCCAGGCGAGGGCGCCUGCAGCUCAGCAAAACUUCGAAGCGAGCAGAGGGGUUCAGCUAUCCACCGCUGCUUGACUCUGACCAACCCGCUGCUCUCUGUUCUUUUGAGCCCGGCGAACUAGGUAACAUUUAGGAACCUCCAAAGGGUAGAAGAGGGGAGCGGGUGGGUGUACUCUAGUCCCGCGUGGAGUGACUUCUAAGUCAGAGACUGUCACACCCCCCUUCCAUUUUUUCCCAACCUCAGGAUGGCGCCUCAUCCCUUGGAUGCGCCCACCAUCCAAGUGUCCCAAGAGACCCAGCAACCCUUUCCCGGAGCCUCGGACCACGAAGUGCUCAGUUCCAAUUCCACCCCACCUAGCCCCACUCUCGUACCGAGGGACUGCUCCGAAGCAGAAGCAGGUGACUGCCGAGGGACAUCGAGGAAGCUCCGUGCCCGGCGUGGAGGGCGCAACAGGCCCAAGAGCGAGUUGGCACUGAGCAAGCAGCGACGAAGCCGGCGCAAGAAGGCCAACGACCGGGAGCGCAACCGCAUGCACAACCUUAACUCCGCGCUGGAUGCGCUGCGCGGUGUCCUGCCCACCUUCCCGGAUGACGCCAAACUUACAAAGAUCGAGACCCUGCGCUUCGCCCACAACUACAUUUGGGCACUGACUCAAACGCUGCGCAUAGCGGACCACAGCUUCUACGGUCCCGAGCCCCCUGUGCCCUGUGGGGAGCUGGGAAGCCCGGGAGGGGGCUCCAACGGCGACUGGGGCUCUAUUUACUCCCCAGUUUCCCAAGCUGGUAGCCUGAGCCCCACGGCCUCAUUGGAGGAGUUCCCUGGCCUGCAGGUGCCCAGCUCCCCAUCCUGUCUGCUCCCGGGCACCCUGGUGUUCUCAGACUUUUUGUGAAGAGGCCUGUCUGGCCCUGGGCGGUGGGUGCUGGCAGAAAGGGAGGGAAUCAGAGCUGUCUGAAGUGGGAAGUGGUGGAGGCACUCAAGCAUCUCGCCCCUUCUGGCUUUCAUUAGUCAGGUCCCUGAUUUAACCAGGAUUCUCACAGUAUCCUUGCUGCUGUGCAUGCACAAAGGACAUUGCAGGCUGAUCUCCUCUUAACCCUCCUCCGUGUGGCCACCUCAAACUCCCGCUCCAAGCAGAGGAGAGCCGUAGCACUAAAUAGUUGGAGACUCCCGUACUUCCUGGUGACUCCGCCCUCUUUCAAAUCUGCGGGCCUCCAACCACCGCUUUCUCCAGAGUGACCUAAGCCAGUGUUGCGUCUUACCUCACUGGCUUUUGUUCCAUAAACGAUGCUCAACCUCUUUACUGCCCAUUAAGUCCAGGGUUUCCCAGCUUCUCCAUUCUGCCUUAAUCCACGAAGGUGAUCUUCUGCCUUCUUCUGCACUUUGCGAGUCGGUACCCUCCUUCCCCCGAGGGGAGAACGGGCGGUGAACCGGAAAGCCCUAGUUUAUGGCUAGAGCAUCUCUCCAGUUUGUCUCCUACAUCUGAAGUGUGAGCCUUGGGGACAGGUUCCUGAAGCACUGCGUGUCUCCCUAAAAAGGAAAAAAGAAAAAGAAAUCAGUUUGUAAAUGAAUGAAUUUUGAAAUGAAUUUUGUUAUGGUAAAUUAUAUGACUCCUGCCUCCGUUUUCCACGUUGGUAUUUAUUGUUGCUAUUUCGUGGUAGGAGAGUUUAUAUU